AUGAUUGGGCGUAAAGCGUCUAUAGGUGGCUAUUUAAGUCCGCCGUCAAAUCCAAGGGCUCAACCCUGGACAGGCGGUGGAAACUACCAAGCUGGAGUACGGGUCGAUAUACUCGAAGGUGAUGGUGGUGUUGGAACAGUCAUCAAAGUAACAUUUCCACCAGGCACACCACUUUUGACAUCUCACAAAGAGAAAUUUGUUGUUAUUGAUGAUGAGAAGAGGGUGAAAAUAGCUCAAGUGGUGGAAGGUGGACUUCUUGAUCUUGGAUGUACACUUUAUAAGGUUAAUUUAGAAGUCAUAGAGAAAGAGAUUGAAGUUCCUGUUCCAGCAAAUGAAGCUUGGAAAAUCUAUGGCACUAUUCAACUAGCACAUAUUGUAGUUAAAGAGCUUCCGAAUAUCGUUCAUAGGGCCGAUAUACUCGAAGGUGAUGGUGGUGUUGGCACAGUCAUCAAAGUAACAUUUCCACCUGGCACACCACUUUUGACAUCUCACAAAGAGAAAUUUGUUGUUAUUGAUGAUGAGAAGAGGGUGAAAAUAGCUCAAGUGGUGGAAGGUGGACUUCUUGAUCUUGGAUUUACACUUUAUAAGGUUAAGUUUGAAGUCAUAGAGAAGGAUAAAGAAACAUGUAUCACAAAAGCAACAAUUGAGUAUGAAGUCAAGGAAGAAGCAAUAGCUAAUGUAUCAUAUGUUAGUAUCCAACCCUUCAAGGCCAUAAUGGAUUUGGUUGCAAAGUGUCUAACUCAAGGCAAAGAUGGUCAAUCUUCUGUCUGA